CAGUGAUGGCUGAGAGAUCAGCAAUGGUCAGCGUUGCUUCUCUUCUGGCACGGAGGUUUUAUUAUGUUGGGGGAAGCGUGGCCGUGCCACAAAAGUGCCGCCUGGCUUAUCUGGUUGAGCGAUGUAUGAGUGUGAUGCAGUCAGGUACUCAGAUGGUGAAACUGAAGAACGGCUCCAAGGGCCUGGUUCGCCUUUUCUACCUGGAUGAGCAUCGCUCCUGUAUCCGCUGGAGGCCUUCCCGCAAGAGCGAGAAAGCCAAAAUCACCAUUGACUCGCUCUACAAGGUUACCGAAGGCCGACAGAGCGAUAUCUUUCAUCGGCAUGCUGAUGGGAACUUUGACCCCGGAUGCUGUUUCACCAUUUACCAUGGCAACCACAUGGAUUCUCUGGACGUGGUGACAUCCAAUGCAGAGGAAGCAAGGACAUGGGUGACAGGACUCAGGUACCUAAUGGCGGGCAUCAGUGAUGAGGACUCCUUGGCCAAAAGACAACGAACCCAUGACCAGUGGAUGAAGCAGACGUUCGAGGAGGCAGACAAGAAUGGAGACGGGCUCCUGAACAUCGACGAGAUCUACCAGCUGCUUCACAAGAUGAACGUCAACCUGCCUCGUCGCAAAGUGAAGCAGAUGUUCCAGGAAGCAGAUACAGAUGACCAGCAGGGAACGCUAACGUUCGAGGAGUUCAGCGUCUUCUACAAGAUGAUGUCCUUAAGGCGAGAUCUUUUUCUCCUUCUCAUGUGCUUCAGCGAGAAGAAAGAUCACCUGACAGCCGAGGAGCUUGGUAACUUCCUGCGGGUGGAGCAAAAGAUGUCUAACGUGACAACUGAGUUCUGUCUGGACAUCAUCGAUAAGUUUGAAGUGUCUGAAGAAAACAAGCAGAACGGCAUCCUGGGUAUUGAAGGUUUCACGAAUUUCAUGCGCAGUCCAACUUGUGAUGUCUUUAACCCUCAGCAUAAUGAAGUUAAUCAGGACAUGGACCAGCCGCUGUGUAAUUACUUUAUCGCUUCUUCUCACAAUACCUAUCUGACUGGAGACCAGCUGCUCUCACACUCCAAGACAGACAUGUACGCCUGGGUCCUGCAGGCUGGCUGUCGCUGUGUGGAAGUGGAUUGUUGGGAUGGUCCAGACGGUGAACCCAUGGUACAACACGGCUACACCCUGACCUCCAAAAUCACCUUUAAAUCUGUCAUCGAGACCAUCAACAAAUAUGCCUUCAUCAACAACGAAUACCCAGUUAUCUUGUCCAUUGAGAACCACUGUAGUGUCCAGCAGCAAAAAAAGAUCGCUCAACACCUGAAGGAGAUCUUUAAGGAGAAGCUCGACUUGGGAGACAUCUUGACAAAGGACUCCAAACAGCUGCCCAGUCCCAACAGACUAAAGGAAAAGAUCUUAAUUAAGGGGAAGCGUCUGCCCCCGUAUCUGUCUGCAGACGCAGAGGAGGGGGAGGUUUCUGACGACGAUAGUGCGGAUGAGAUCGAGGAUGACUUCAAACUGAAGAACAACACAUCUAACGGACCGAUGGAGCAAGUAGUCGAGUCCCAAAUCAGGAAGAAGCUUGACUCGUUGUUGAAAGAGUCUCAGAUUGUGGACAAGGAGGACACAGACAGCUUCUCUAUCCGAGCGCUGCUCCGAGCUACACACGGAGGGCUGCACAAGAACCUGAGCAAGAAUUCCAAAGAAGGCAUGAAGAAGUCUCAGAGUCGAUCCUUCAUAAGCAACCUCAAGCAAAAGAGACACUCCAAAUCAAAACUGAAAUGCCAGAGUGUGGACACCGACGAUGAUGGACAGGACACAGGAGGACAGUUCAACAGGGGUGGAAGGAGGAGGAAGACAAUAAAGCUAAGCCGAGAUCUGUCUGAUUUGGUCGUUUUUACCAAUUCUGUGGUUUCUCAGGAGUGUCUGGAUGAGGGUCCUGUUUGUAACGUGCUGUCAUUCAGCGAGACUCGAGCUCAACAGCCGGUGCACCACCGGGCCGAACGCUUCCUGAGCUUUAACCAGCGGCAGCUCUCACGGAUUUACCCCUCUGCCUACCGCAUCGACUCCAGCAACUUUAACCCUCAGACUUACUGGAACGUGGGAUGCCAACUGGUGGCUCUGAACUAUCAGACCGAAGGCCGAAUGAUGCAGCUGAACCGGGCGAAGUUCAUGGUCAACGGAGGAAGUGGCUACGUCUUGAAACCCCCACCCAUGUGCAAUGGUUCCUUUAAUCCGUACAGCGAUGACCCUCUUCCAGCAUACCCUAAAAAACAGCUGAUACUGAAAAUCAUCAGCGGCCAGCAGCUCCCUAAACCACCUGACUCCAUGCUGGGGGAUCGAGGAGAGAUUAUUGACCCCUUUGUGGAGGUGGAGAUUAUUGGUCUUCCAGUGGACUGCUGUAAAGAACAGACCCGGGUUGUUGAUGAUAAUGGUUUUAACCCGGUGUGGGAGGAAACCCUAUCGUUCACGCUGCACAUGCCUGAGAUUGCAUUAGUACGUUUUCUAGUAUGGGAUCAUGAUCCUAUUGGGCGAGACUUUGUGGGCCAGAGGACAGUCGACUUCACCAGCCUCAUGCCAGGUUAUCGACACGUCUACCUGGAGGGCAUGAUGGAGGCAUCCAUCUUUGUCCAUAUCUCAGUGCAUGAUAUCUACGGCAAGUGGAGUCCCUUAAUCCUCAAUCCCAGCUAUACCAUAUUGCACUUUCUAGGAGCUAAUAAGAGUCGUCAGUUACGGGGUUUCCGCGGUUUCUUCAGCAAGGGCUCCAAGUCCUCUGUGGACACACAAAUCGGUGUUCUACCACGUAAACGCUCUUUGAGUAACCACCUGUUGCGCAGGACGGCUAGUGCUCCUGCCAAAGGACGCAAGAAGACAAAAAUGGUACUGUCUGAAAUCUCACUGGACAAGGAAGAAAGCUGCAAUGGGGAUAGCAAGCAACAAGUUGUGGAGAAAGUGGGUCCCAGGAUGAACCUCCAGCACCGGCCAGUCUCCAUGCCUCUGGAGAGGCUCCUACAGGGCCGGCUUACUGUAUCCUCUUCUGAGCAAGAGGGAGCCAGCACUAUAACUGACAUGUUUUUGGAGAAGCCGAGGUCUGCUUCUGUGGAUCUCCUCAUUGAAACCUCUGUCCCUGAUGUCCUUGACAGCAAUCUCCACCAUACCCAACAGAUCCAGCAGAGGACUACUGAGUGUACGGGAACCGAUGGAACGUCUUACUUCGUUAUAGGAAGAUGUGGUGAAUCUAGUACUGAUGUCCUUGCAGAACCCCUUGUGCAUAGUUUGACCCUGCAAACCAAAGCUCCUUCUCAAAGGCCUACACAAGGUCAAUCGAGAUUCUUGGAUCAAAUUGACCAUCAUGUGAGCUUGCAGACUGAGGUCCACCAAAGGGAAGCUCCUACAAGUAACAAAACAUCCAAAGCAGCUUUAUUUGAUAUACCUUCCUCUUUUGACAUGACUCCUUUUCCACCCACACUACAUCAGUCUAGCCAGCAGGAACUGAAGUCACUUCAGGACAGUGCCCUCUCUCACCUCAUUGAUACUGUAUCCCUAGGCAAUGAGUAUGAUUCAUAUGGGUCCAUAUCAGCUCUUAUUGGUCAGUUUGAAAUGACCGCUGAACAGAGCUUAAGUCUGUCUUCAGGGUCCAAACCCAAUCAGUUAUCUGUUCCACAAAUGAGCAACCCUUUAUUCAGCACCCCAGAAAAAAUGAUCCAAGACUCAUCGCAAAUUGCCAAACAGCCCGUUGAAAAACACCUUCCUUGUAGUCCUGAGACUACUGAAUCAACUGUCUUCACCAUUCUAGAUGAGCAAGUGCUUUCUCAUGUCUCUGUUUAUGACAUUCCUGAUCAGACUAUCUGCAACAACCUAGAGAACUUGGACUGUAUGUUUUCAAGUGGCAGCAAGUGUCCCCCUUUUAGCAUGAUAACUUUUGAUAGAGCAGUAAAAGAAAACAGUAGAUGGGAACCUAAAGGUAAAAAAAGCUCCAAUUCCCAUUGCCAUACCCCUGAGUUUACACGGAAUUGGGAAUAUGAAUGUUACAAAGACACCUCCAUAAACAGCACAGCCUCGGAGCGUUUCCUUAUCUGUCAUGACUCUGUUAGCAGCAGCUUGAUGGAAGUGGAGGUCAAUGUGGAUGGAGAACCCUUGGAUGGUACCUUGACUCUGGCAUCAUCACAUCAUGAGUCAGAACAGAAUUCUCUUUACUUACCACCCUCAAUGAGCAGACAUUCAUAUAAACUCACAGAAUCUUCACUGAUUCAUACUUCAUCCCCACACAUACCUUUUGUUUCCAGAACUCAUCAGCAUGAAUACCAAAUCGACCCACGUCAGACAGAGCGGUGUAACAGAAGUAAUGAUAUUUUAUCAGGACAUUUUAAGCCUGGUAGAUACAAUGGUGUCAAUUAUAGUAACAGGAAUGUUGAGACUAGGGACAAGAAUGGUAUGAUCUGCAAGACACAGCAAUUACAGAAUGGGUUUCCUUCCUCAAAAUAUCUUUUAAGGUCUCAAGACAUCAACUUUAAACCACAGAAUGGCUGCUAUAUGUCUGGGUCUGAUUGUGAUAUGACCUAUACAUCUGUGGAAUACAAAGAUACUGUUGUUCCACCUAAGCAAUAUUCCUUGCAACAAAACCAGGCUUUGAAACAAACUGAAUCUGAGAUAUACAAAGGGAUCUACCUGGUUGGAUCUCCAGUCCAAACAGAUCCAAGUACUUGUAAGUCUAAGAGCUUGGGUGACUUAACAUCUGAAGAUAUCUCAUGCAACUUCCAGAGCAAGUACAAGGUCAUCAGCCGCAGCUUCAUCACUCCAGCCAUGCGAGACCUAAAGCGGAUGCGUGGCCGGGCCAGUCAGCCACAGGCUUCAGACCCUCUGAAAGAACAGCUUCGUAAACUAGUGACUUUAGAUGAGGUAGGCCCUCACACCAUACCCUCUCAAUUACAACCGAACCCAAAGUUUCUCUCAGUGUUCCCACCAGUGCCACAUAAUUCUGUAGUUUCCACAGAGGACUCAAAUGACCCUCCACCUGUUCUGUCUCGAAAACUUUCCUCACGUAGUCAAAGUCGGGUACGCCACAUAGCCAGUCGUGCCCGGGAGAGGCAGCAGGAAGCUCUCAAAUUACGACCUGCAGGGGUUUCUUCUGAUGUUGUUCUCCGCAAUAAAACAGUCUCCGCUCAAAAUCCCUACAGCAAUCGGCAUUCCACUGGCUCCUACAUUGCUGGAUACUUGGAGCAGGCAGGGCUGGAGGACCGUGGCCUGCCUGAGGGAUCAUGCAGGAAGCUUUGUUAUAGCUACCAUGAUCAGAGUUAUGCUGAUGACUCUGUGAUCCCUCAUAAUUCCUGUCCUCCCUCUGAGCCUGAGGUCUUCUUCCUUCUAAGGAUUUGAAAUUAUCUUCCUAAUUUGCCUGUAAACAAACUCGCUGCCAUUUUGCAUUCCCUGUCAAUUUUUAAUAUUUCUCAGAUUAUGAUUAAGGCUGUACUUGUGCGUUUAAGCAUACACACUUCCAACACCAAUGAACAAUAGUUUACUCUAAUAGUGCACAAGUACAGCUUUUAAAAAAAUAUCUAAAUCAAAGCUUCCAGUAUUGUGUAAAUAUUACCAUAGAACCUGAACACGCAAGUUCCUGUCUUAGACGCACUAGAAAAAAUUACCCCAAGUCAAGCUUUUAAAUGUUGUUGUUUGCAGUUUGUAUUGUAGAAAUAACAAGUUUAAUGAUGGUUGUUUUUUGAAAACAUUUCUCUUUUGUUUGUCCCUUUUUAAAUGGUUCUUAACUGACUAGAGGGGCUUCCAUUCUGUCCAGUUUUCUUGUAUCUGUUUUUGUUAUUUGUCUCUGGUGUUUGCAUAUCCAUUGACAUAUUAGUCAAAUGUGCCCCAAUUUAAGGCCCUAUGGGUUUUAAAUUCGAUAACAAUAUGUGUUGUUCCAGCAUGUGAACUGUGGACAUAUUCAGCAUGACUAUGCACAGAUAAUAGAUAGAUGUGUCUGUGCCCUGUUUACGUAAAACAUUUACUACAUUCCAUGAACGGAGAGCAACACAAGAAGAAGUAAAAAACUUGCCAGCUGGUUUCUUACACUUUCUUUUAGGCAUGAGUUCAUUUAUUAUAAGCAUUACCUUCAGUUUCAAUGAAAAAACCCUGUGAGGUUAAAGUUUUUAUUUUUGUAAUUGUUUUGAUACAGAUAGCAAAAAAAAUGACACUCGAUGGUCGGAUUAUCGUCUUUCUUUUAGAAAGGAAGCAUUUCACAGUACUAGCACAACUAGCCUGAGGCAGCUUCAGGUCUGGGUUAUUAACUGAACCAGUUGUGUUUUUGAGUUUUUCUGUUUAAAGGGCAUUCAAUUUUUCUUUUGUUUGUUUUUUGUUCAUAAAAUGCUCUUACCAAUGCAAUAAAGUACUCUUUGUG